AUGGUUCGAAAAAGCUUUAAUGAGGAUGAAGAAAAGAUUAUUCUAACUCGAUUUCUGGAGCGGGGAUAUCACCUGACCCGGAAACAUAAAGAAAAAGAGGUGAUAAUAACAUCUGUCCGUACCGAGCUAUAUCUAAAACACGGCAAAAAGUACCAGAAGGAACCAAUACAAAAUAAAUUUUGCGACCUAAAACGCCUUCACCCUGAACUUGUUAAUGAAUACAGUCAGCGAUUACGGCCAGGGGUUCCCGUUCCUUCUAUACGACCAAGAACUUCUAAAAAGAAGGUGGUCGCAGCAACGGAUGAGGAGGAAGAGUUGGAGGAGCAGGCAGAGGAGGAGCAGCCUGGACCCUCCUCUGAUCCAGGACCAUCACAGCAAGGGGAUUCCUCCCCCCCACCUCCAGAAGAGGGGGACAAGGAGGUCUACACCCCCAACCAGGAGGUUAUUAGAAAACUUAAAAAGAGGCUCCUUGAGCAUCGAAAAUCCGAAGCCAAGGCAAUGCUGGCUAUAAAAGCAGAGAAAAAAAAAAUAGGGCUUCUUCAGACUCGGUCACAGAGGCAUCAGCGUCAGCUGGAUGAUAAUUACAGGAAGCUGGAGGAGCAGAGGAAGAUCCAGAAUGAAGAGCUCCUGGAGAUCCAGCAAGAACUCCAAAGUUUGCCUUAG